AUGAGUACAAUCCGAUGCACAGACGACGUAAUGUGUCAUGAGGUAGACACAGCUGCAGGUCAGAUUUGUCAAGUUUACACAAAGUUCUCUUCAAGAAAGUGUCACUUUGUUCAGUACCUGAAUCCUUUAUCACCAGAACAACCUUAUUUUUCUGCCCAGAUCAAAAGUCUAGCUGCGGACAGCACAGUCACAUUUGGUAUAGCUGGUCCAGACAUAGACCCAAACAUCCAACCUGGCCACUGGCUUCAUUCUGUGGGCUAUGAGAGUGACACGGGCAAGUGCUACACAUCUCAUCAUUGCGUGGCAAACACGCAGGGAGAGACACUGCAAGUUGGAGAUGUGUUAGGUGUUCUUAUCAACUACUUUGGAGACAAAAAAUCGACAGUUACUUUUCUCAAGAAUGGCUCUCCUGUUGCUACCAGAUUUCACUUUGAGCCUAAUCACAAUCACUACCUACCAACAAUAUCAAUAGAAUGUGGUCCUGUAGACUUGGACCUCAUGUGGCCCCCAGCAGCAGCAGGCCAUGUUCCCCUGUACAGUGAGAAGAGUAUGCUAAACUGGAUCUACCCAAAUGCUGUGAAAUGUGAUGCUCCGUCAAAUUCAUUUGUUUGCUGUAGUGAGGGAGAAAUACAGGGAGAGUUGAUCAUACAAUGUCCACAUCCACUAGGCCAAGAAUGGCAGCAUUUUGAAAUUUUUUUAUCUGAUUCAUCCACUUCCAAUGUUGGCCCUUCAUUAAUGUUAGUGGGAUGUAGUCCCUUGCAUCCACCUGCUGCUUCAUCUUUGGCAAAAGAUUACAUUCGAUUUGACCUGGACAGUAAUGCAGGCCAUAGACUAGGCAUGGGUAUCCACUAUAAUCCGGGACUUUGUGGGAAGCCAGACUUCAACCCAAAGGCAGAACAGCUUGUCUACUGUUAUGUGACAGCAGACAUGAAAAUAAUUUCAGGUCACAUGAUACUGCAGCCAGAAGGAGGACUUUAUCCAGUGGUGAUUCUUACCAAUAAAGCUUCAAGAGUUACAGUUGAUGUGGAAUCAAACUGCCAGCCUGUUGACUUAAAACAGCUUUUAGAUAUUUCCUUUCAGAGGGAACUGAUUAAAGCAAACAAAGAGAUGCUCGCUUCCCUCAGAAAAACAGAGGUCAAAGAGUUCAUGCUGCGCAAGAGCAAGCAUGUAGAGGUGACAGUCCUUCCUGAGUACUGCAGACUACAUCUGUCACAUGACAGGUUGGGAACACAUGUGGUCCAGUUUCGAAAUCCAUUAGUAGAAGGCAGCAGUUACUUUCUUGUGUGCAUCAGAUCUCUUUGUAAAGAAUCAACUGUUGGAGUAGGAGUAGCUGGGCGAGACUUUCCUUUGAAUGAAUUUCCUGGUAAACUAACUCCUUCAGUUGGCUGGAUAUCGCAAGAUGGAAAACUGUACAGGAACUCAAGAUGUGAUGGCAAUUUGUCUGGAGACAAAUACCGUGAAGGUGAUAUGGUAACGGUGCAGAUGGUAACCUUUGCCAAAAACAUGUCAGUUGCCUUGUUUACAAAAAACCUGCACCCAGUGGGCACAGUUUAUUACACCCAGUCUAACAGAGCGGACUUUCUCCCAACAAUAGCCUUAUGUUCUAAUGGUUCUAGUGUCGUCAUAGAUGUCUUCUGGCAGAAUGUGGUACAGGCAGCACCAGCUUUCAGUGUAAUCAAUCUAGAACACUGGUGUCUUCCAGCUGGGUCAACAGUGGAUCACAGAACCAACACUGUUUAUGUCAAAGACCAUCAUGCACCUGUUGCCAUACAAGCACCAUAUAGUCUUCACAAAGGUUUCAAUCACUUUGAGGUGCGUCUCACUAAACACUUCAGCAGCCAUUUCCUCCCGCCUGCAAUUAUCUUAUCAACAGCAACACCAUUGGAACCUCCUCCUAAAUCCUGCCUCAAGUUGGACUAUCUCAGGUUCUGGGCAGUUGAUCAAACCAGCAGUCUGGUGCAGGUCGGUGACCUUGUGGGCUGGGGUUUGUUGUACAUAGAUGACUCUCUUGACCAUGAGGAACAACUGGUCAUCUGUUAUCUGACAGUUAACCGCAAGAUUCUGCUGGUCAGAGUCGUCUACCAACCUCCGGGAGGGUUCUACCCACUGGUUGUCUUACCUUCAGGAUUAAAUGAAGUGACCAUGGAAUUUAAUGCUACCUACAUCACACAUAAUCCAAUCAGCAAGGAGGAUGCAGACAUCCUAGUCACCGAAGCUAAACAGUUCAUGGAGAGAGAAGCAGCUGUUCUAAGAGCUGGAGGUGAUCCUGUCUCAGAGCUCACAGGCAUUGCUUUGUUCAGACCUCUUCCCCAGAAGGAAACCAAAAAGCAAGAUGGCUUGCAGUCAGAAUGUUUAAAUCAGUUGGAUAAUACAAUAACAGGCAUCGCAGUUACGGAGAACAGACAGGCAAACAUGAUGGGGAAAAUCGUUAAGGGCUCAGCAUUUAAACAGUUAAAAAGGCCUUCGAUCAGAAUUUCACAUGAUCACAGGAGUUCAGUCAGCUGUGUGCUUGUGUAA